AGCAGGCUAGCAGCUGCAUUAUCAUCAAAUUCUUCAUUCAGUGAGUCAGCAUUUUUGAACGCCCUAGCCUAGCUUCUAUGAGUUCAUCUACGGCUGACUUGGGCGUGUAAAUGCAUGUAUAUGAUGACUGCUUUUAAUAUUGUGUGUGCGAUUUUGGUUGCAUUUACUCUGUUAAGCAUGAAAAUCGAAUAUGUACAAUCGUGGAAUGUCACUCGAGAUUAUGGAGAUAUCUUCGAUAACCCAGAGUGCGACUCACAAACCUGCCCACGAAUCUGCAGCCGGUAUAACGCGGAGUGCGCUAACGAGUAUCAUGGAUGUGCACAAUGUCAAUGUAGAAAGGGAAACGAGCAAAAUUUUGUUGGAGAUGGGAAGGGAGCAGGGAAGUGUGUGACAGGCUAUAAAAUAGACGAUGAUUCGCUUCCAAAAGAAAGUUUUGAAUUACGAGGCACCGCACGAUGGGCUAAAACGGAUAGUUGCCUUGAAGCCGAUCCAGACCUUGUUAUGGAUAAUACAUGCGUAGCUGGUGUAGACAAAUCGUGGGUUUUAACUGUUGAUGGUCAGUUAAUGAACAUGAAGCGAUUGCAGUGCAUAGAUGGCGAAGAUCCUAACCGAGUGGUGGUCAAGCCCUGCGAUCUGAGCAAAGAAACUCAAAAAUGGAAAUGUCAUGGGCAUCAAAUAACUCAGUCACAAAGAAACAUCAAUUAUGGACUGACUUAUGACAGAGAUGAUAAACUGGUACUUGACUCUGUUUCGGCGCAGUGGUAUUCAGCAGGUGGUGGAGCAUCACCAACAUGUAAAACCGCCAUAAAUUAUACAGGUUCUUAUCGUUUCAAUGAUGGUCAAGCUAUGCGAGUAUUGGCGUACAGUGAUUAUCUCAGCGACGACUGCAAACGUGGUUGCACAAAGACAUUCAAAGUUUACGCUCCGUUAUAUGUUCAAAAUGAUCGAUGCUCUUUGAUGUGGAGCAAUUCCAGCUUUCUAAAAGGCAGUGAGACAUGGCAGCUGGCUUCUUCUGGAAACAGUACGGGUUUUACAUUGAAGCAUUCUCAAGUUUUCAACGGCGUCGAAAUAAAGGUUACGCGUGAGGCUUACCUGGAGUGGUCUGGUACUAUUUUAAAGUUAGAAGUCGAGUGUAAAUCUCAUAACACAAGCCGUGAACAGCAUUUUGUUUUAUUUAAACUUCUUUCGACGGACAAAUCCUCGUUUCCCACGUUGAAUCCAAGCAGUGGUACUGGAAAGACCGUAGCGAUACCUUUUCAGUGGCUAUUAUCGGCUUGUGUUUUUUACCUUUUUCAAGUGAUCUUAGUGCAUUGAUAUAACAUUUACAGCAAUAUCAUGUUCUAGGUAGCUAUAAAGUUAUGGAUGGAACAAAACGUCUAGCCUCUUUGAUAUUUAUAUCUUUGCCAAGAAAUAGGUGAUGCGCGAAUAUUCAUGUAUAUCUUAAAGCAUAAUUGGAAACAUACAGCAUGUACCAUCAUUUAUGGGGGUUUUUUAAACAUGUUCCUUUUUAAUUUACUUAAAACUAAUAUUAUGGUACCACUAUUUUUGCAGCAUCAUAAUAGAAACCAUCAUCUGA